AUGUCAAGGAAUUUAAAGAAGUGCCCUAGACUGAAGAUGCAAGAUGUGGGGCAACUUUUGUUAUCUACAAAUAAUAGAGAACUGGCUACUCGUGCACGCAAAAUAGAUCAAUCAAAGUUUCGGGAUUUAGUUGCAAGACUAAUUAUUUGUAAAAAUAUACCCUUUAAUUGUGUAGAAUGGACUGAAUUUAGGGAGUUAUGUAGUUAUCUGAAUGUCGAUGUUGAAACCAUAUCAAGGAAUACUACAAGGUCUGAUAUUCUUAAAAUGCAUAAGUUCCAAAAACAAGUUAUUCGCAAAAAAUUACAAUGUGCUCCAGGUAAAAUAUGUCUAACAUCAGACAUGUGGACCUCCGUCAACACCACUGGAUACAUAAGUUUAACAGUACAAUUUGUUGAUCAAGAUUGGGUAUUGCAGAAGUUUCUUUUAAAUUUUUCUCCACUGCCACCACCCCAUACUGGUCAAGCACUUUCAGAUAAGUUAUUUCUAAUGUUAAAUGAUUGGGGAAUUGGAGGAAAAGUAACCAGCAUCACUUUGGAUAACGCUGCAUCAAAUACUUCAUGUGUUAAGAUAAUGAAGAGUCGAUUCAUUGCAAGGAAUGUUAUGUCGGAUACUGGGAAAAGAAACUUUCAUAUAAGGUGUUGUGCUCACAUAAUAAAUCUUAUUGUAAGAGAUGGACUGACAGAGAUUGAUCCAGCAGUAAUCAAGAUAAGGUUAGCAGUGAAGUACCUUAAAGGUUCACAAAGAAGAAAAAAAAAUUUCUUGGAUACUGUCAGCGAUUUAGGAAUGUCAGUAAAGAUGGGUGUUCGACAAGAUGGAACUCUACUUAUCUUAUGUUGCAAAGUUAUUAAAGUAUUAUUAGAUCAAGAGACAACUAAUGACAUUGAGUUCAUCAGAAACAUGGCGAAGAAAAUGCAAGAAAAUUUUUCCAAGUAUUGGAAAAAAUUGAGUCCAAUAUUGGCAAUGACAGUCGUUUUAGACUCUCGAUUGAAGUUUGAAUUUGUAGAGUUUACUUUUGAAAAGGUGUAUCCUGUUGAGCGUGAAAUGAAGAAGGAAGUUGAUAUUAUUAGAAAAAGGAUGGCGGCACUCUAUAAAGAGUAUCAUACGACGUCAACUUUAAGAGGUUCGACAACCAAUGAAACUCAGAAUUCGGGUACUGUAAAUGGUGGGAAUUCUGGACGCAAUGGAAGUGCUUUUAUGCAGGAAUUUGCCACGGAAAAAGAAAAUGGUGGUCAACAAUCUGACAAGUCAGAACUAGAACAAGAAUGCCUUGGGGGAAGGGUACUUGACAGAUAUCGCAGCUCCUUAUCACCUGAAGGUGCCGAGGCAUUGAUAACAACUCGUGAUUGGAUAUAUGGAAUCAGAGCUGCAUCAACUGAUGUUGAGGAAGUGAAAGAUAAUGAUAUUAGUGAGGAUGUAUUGGCAUUUGAGCCAGCAAACAACAAUGAGGCAAUUCAUACUGGAGCAUCUUGA